AUGCAUGCAUUGCGACAGAAUAUACUUCCACCAAGUGGUGUCGAAUAUGCUGCCAGCUUGAAGUUAACCCCCUCGACAGUGAAGAAUCAUAGGCCUUCCACCUCUACCACACCAGAAUUUGAAGCCCGAGCCCUAUGCAACGUGGUGGUCGCUCGCAGCAAUGUUUUGCGCAUAUUCGAGGUUCGGGAAGAGCGACCACCAAUGUCAACCCAGACUGAAGACGAAAGGGAUAGGCGCUCCCAUGUUCGCAAAGGUACCGAAGCUGUUGAAGGUGAAGUUGAGAUGGACGGGCAAGGCGAGGGUUAUGUCAACAUGGGAACAGUAAAGAAGGGCGCCGUCCAUCUUCCGACUGUCUCCAGGUUUUACUUUGUGCGAGAACACAUGUUACAUGGUACCGUAACUGGUCUGGAGACUGUCAGGAUCAUGUCGUCUAAUGAUGACAACCUUGACCGCCUUCUUGUGUCUUUCAAGGAUGCGAAGAUCGCUCUUCUUGAAUGGUCCGAUGACAUCCAUGACUUGAUUACAGUAUCUAUUCAUACAUAUGAGCGAGCACCUCAAUUAAUGGCUUUGGAUAGCUCACUAUUCCAUACAAAAUUACGUGUAGACCCGUCUUCCCGUUGCGCUGCUCUAUCUCUACCAAAAGAUGCUAUAGCUAUCCUACCAUUCUUCCAAUCGCAAGCUGAACUUGAUGUGAUGGAACAAGAUCAAAACCAAGCAAGAGAUGUCCCUUAUUCUCCCAGUUUUAUCCUUGAUCUGGCAUCGGACGUUGAUGAGAACAUACGACACGUUAUAGAUUUUGUGUUUCUACCAGGUUUCAACAAUCCAACAAUCGCAGUUCUGUUUCAGACCGAGCAGACGUGGUCUGGACGUCUUAAAGAAUUCAAGGAUACUGCUAAACUAAUAAUAUUCACGUUGGACCUUUUAAGUCAUACGUAUCCCGUUAUAACUGCCGUUGAUGGCUUGCCGUUCGACUGCAUUUCUCUCGUCCCCUGUGUUGCAUCCCUGGGAGGUGUCGUCAUCAUGUCAAGCAACACGAUUAUUUAUGUCGAUCCAGCGUCACGAAGAGUUGCUCUUCCCGUAAACGGCUGGUCUUCCCGAGUUAGCGACAUGCCCAUGCCCGCACUGUCUGGGGAUGAAGCCUCACGGAAUAUCAGUCUCGAAGGAUGUCACGCUGUCCUCGUCGACGACAGAACAAUGUUUGUUUUCCUCAAGGACGGUACCGUGUAUCCUGUCGAGCUCGUUGCCGACGGGAAAACAGUUUCGAAACUCUCCAUGGCACCUGCCUUAGCGCAGACCACCAUCCCUUCCAUGGUAAGAAAAAUUAACGAGGAUCACCUGUUUUUAGGAAGUAUAGUCGGUGCCUCUGUAUUACUGAAGACAGUUAGAGUUGAGGAAGAAGUUGAAGACGAAGAGAAGCUUCCAGCUCAUGCCGCUGUAGUCGAUGCACCUACUACCAUGGAUUUGGAUGAUGAUGAUGAUACAAUGCCGUCUAUGAACGGUGUCACCCACAGCAAUAAUAUAAUUCACCGCACACGUUCUGUUGUUCACCUCUCGCUUUGUGAUUCCUUACCCGCAUAUGGUCCAAUAUCCGACGUCACAUUUUCAUUAGCGAAAUUAGGAGAUCGUUACGUACCAGAACUCGUUGCAGCCACUGGUUCAGGGUUUUUGGGAGGCUUCACUUUGUUCCAGCGUGAUCUUCCGUCUCGAACAAAGCGUAAGCUGCACGCUAUCGGCGGUGCCCGUGGAAUAUGGUCAUUCCCUGUUCGUCAGCAAGUAAGGGUAAAUGGGCUGUCUUAUGAAAGGCCUGUGAACUCUUUUGAGUCGGAAAACGAUACGGUCAUAAUUAGCACAGAUGCGAAUCCAUCCCCAGGAGUAUCUCGGAUUGCUACACGGACUUCUAAAAGUGACAUUGCUAUCCCAACUCGCAUACCUGGAACAACGAUAGGUGCUGGUUCGUUUUUCCAGCGCACAGCUAUUCUACAUGUUAUGACCAACGCAAUUCGAGUAUUGGAGUCUGGUAAGCAGAUAAUAAAAGAUCUGGACGGUAAUAUACCACGACCAAGGAUCAAAGCCUGUAGUAUCUGUGACCCAUUUGUACUGAUCAUUCGAGAAGAUGACACUAUUGGUUUGUUUAUCGGAGAAGCAGAACGUGGCAAGAUUAGGAGAAAAGAUAUGUCACCAAUGGGAGACAAGUCAUCUCGUUAUCUCGCCGGCUGUUUUUUCACAGACAAUAGCUGCAUUUUUGAAACACAUGCCAAUGAUCUGCCCUCCUCAGCUUCCAAUGGAGUCGAUAAGAAUGUUACUUCUACUAUGCAAGCAGUGGUAAACUCCAACAGUCGAAGUCAAUGGCUUAUAUUGGUGCGUCCCCAGGGUGUAAUGGAGAUAUGGACUUUACCAAAAUUGACGCUGGCAUUUUCGACAUCGUCGUUAGCUAUGCUGGAACAUAUUUUAAGCGACUCAUACGACACCCCCGCUUUAUCUCCUCCACAAGAUCAUCCUCGCAAAUCGAACGAUCUUGACGUCGAACAAAUUAUUCUUGCUCCUCUCGGUGAAACUGCACCUUUACCAUAUCUUUUGGUUUUUUUACGUUCCGGGCAAAUUGUGAUCUAUGAAGCCGUGCCUACUCCGGCGCCGGCUGACAGCAUUCCUCCUUCCAGAGUAUCAGUUCUCAAAGUGAAGUUCAUCAAAACUGCAACCAAGAUAUUCGAGCUUCCAAAGCAUGAAGAAACAGAAAAGAGCAUACUCGCUGAACAAAAACGGAUAUCGCGACAAUUUGUUCCAUUCGUCACCUCACCCACUCCGGGCUCUGUAUUAUCUGGUGUAUUUUUUACGGGAGAUAGGCCUAGUUGGAUAGUGGCUACCAACAAAGGUGGUAUAAGGAUUUAUUCUUCUGGCCACCAUAUUGUUCAUUCGUUCACUUCUUGUUCUUUGUGGGAGUCUAAGGGAGAUUUCCUUGUAUAUUCUGACGAGGGUCCGAGCUUGCUAGAAUGGAUGCCUGACCUUUGUCUCGAUAGCGUUUUGCCUUCCAGAAACAUACCGCGAUCUCGCGCCUAUGCUAACGUAGUAUAUGAUCCGUCUGCAAUGCUGAUCGUCGCAGCAUCAUCUAUGCAGGCCAAUUUUGCUUCCUUUGAUGAGGACGGUAAUAUCAUAUGGGAACCAGAAGCUUCCAACGUAUCUUUACCCAAAUGCGAUUGUUCUACUCUUGAGUUAAUUGCUCCCGAAGCUUGGAUUACCAUGGAUGGGUAUGAAUUCGCGCCAAAUGAAUACGUGAAUGCGCUGGAAUGCGUUACACUCGAAACGCUCAGCACAGAAACAGGAAGCAAAGACUUCAUUGCAGUUGGUACCUCCAUUGAUCGUGGUGAAGAUUUAGCAGUUAAAGGAGCUACGUACUUAUUUGAGAUAGUUGAAGUUGUUCCCGACUAUUCCCAGAACCUGAAGAGAUGGUACAAACUGAAGCUCCUGGCGCGCGAUGAUGCCAAAGGUCCUGUAACAGCUCUAUGUGGCAUCAAUGGAUAUUUAGUUUCCUCUAUGGGUCAAAAGAUAUUUAUCCGUGCCUUUGAUAUGGAUGAGCGGCUAGUUGGAGUAGCAUUUCUGGACGUUGGAGUUUAUGUAACUUCUCUUCGAGUCGUCAAAAACUUCCUACUCAUUGGUGAUGCUGUUAAAAGCAUAUGGUUUGUCGCGUUCCAGGAGGAUCCGUACAAACUUGUUGUCCUUGCUAAAGACGUCCACCGCACUCACGUUACGAACGCGGACUUCUUCUUUACAGAUGAUACGCUUUCAAUUGUUACGGAAGAUGGAGACGGUAUACUGCGUAUGUAUGCGUACGAUCCAGAUGAUCCCGAGUCUAAGAAUGGCCAACACUUAUUGUGUCGCACCGAAUUUCACAAUCACAGUGAAUGUCGUUCCUCUUUGGUCAUUGCUCGUCGCACGAAAGAAGAAUCAGUUCUGCCUCAGGCCAAAAUUUUAUCUGCGUUCUCGGAUGGAUCUCUGUCGUCGUUGACGCCAGUUGACGAUGCGUCCUUUAAGCGCUUACAGCUCCUGCAAGGACAAUUGACCCGUAACAUUCAACACGUCGCUGGAUUGAAUCCCAGAGCGUAUCGAAUUGUGCGAAAUGACUUUGUUUCAAAACCAUUAUCCAAGGAUAUUCUAGAUGGACAACUUCUUAGUGCAUUCGAGAGCUUGCCAAUAUCCAGGCAAAACGAGAUGACGAAGCAGAUAGGCACAGAAAGAAAUAUUGUUCUUCAUGAUUGGAUGGAGUUGGCUAUACCAUGGUAAAUGGGCUGCUGCCGGUCACAUUCGUCUGGUCGUUCGCUUGAUCUCCGAGUUGCUUUGUCAAUAAACAUGCACUCGAAACACUACAGUAGCAUUCAAGCACAUUUGACUCUACCACACAGAUAUGUCUAAGCUAAUUAUGGUGCGCCUACCUCGAGCUGUCUGUGUUGUAUGAUAGGGAAUCGGAUGAUGAAUCACAAACAUUGAAAAU